UUUAAUUUAAUUUUUAAAGAAACCAAAAAAAAAAAACCUUAUCCCUUCUCUCUCUCUCUCUUCCUCUUCUCUGCUAUGGCGAUUUCUACUAUUCUCUGAAGUCUGUGAUUUUUUUUUCUCUUGAUGAGACAGAAACCUCAGAAAGUAACAAAAACCUGUUUAUAUUCCGACCAAAUCUGUCUGAUUAUUUUGUGAUCUGAAAAGAGAAAAAAGUACGGUUUUUUUUAUUUAUAUAUGGAGUUGAUGGCUAAACCAACGUUCUCCAUCGAAGUCUCUCAAUACGGAACCGAUCUACAGACGGCGGCGAGGGAGAAAGCUUCGUCUUCUUCAUCCUCUUUCGAGACAUCUAACGAAGACGGUGUUGAAGAAUCUGGUCGUCUAAGCCGUCCCGGAAGUGGAAUCUGGUCAGGACAAACGGCGGAUUACUCAUCGGAUAGUUCAUCGAUCGGAACACCUGGUGAUAGCGAGGAAGACGAAGAAAGCGAGAACGAGAACGAUGACGUUUCUUCGUCUACGGAGCUAGGGCUUCGUGGGUUAGCUUCAAUGAGCUCUCUUGAAGAUUCUCUUCCCACAAAGAGAGGGUUAUCGAAUCAUUACAAAGGGAAAUCAAAAUCAUUUGGGAAUUUAGGAGAGAUCGGGAGUAGUAGUGUUAAAGAAGUAGCUAAACAAGAGAAUCCAUUGAAUAAAAGAAGAAGAUUACAGAUCUGUAAUAAAUUAGCAAGAAGAUCGUUUUAUUCUUGGCAAAACCCUAAAUCUAUGCCUCUGUUACCAGUAAACGAAGAUGAGGACGAUGAUGAUGAUGAUGAUGAUGAAGAAGAUGAUGAAGAUCUGAAAUCUGGGUUUGAUGAGAAUAAAUCAUCGAGUGAUGAUGAAGAAGGAGAAGGAGGUAGUAGAGUGAAGAAGGUUGUUGCUAGGAAAGGAUCAUUCAAGAACAGAGCUUACCAGUCUCGGAGUUGUUUUGCACUUUCAGAUCUGAUUGAGGAAGAAGAUGAUGAUCUAUAAUUAUUAUUAUUGCAAUGUGGGAAUUUUUUUUUUUUUUUCUAUUGUUCAUAACUU